AUGCGGUUCUGGCUCCUGCUGCUCGCCGUGCUGCUGGAGCCUGUCCUCUCACGGCCCUUGAGCCAAAGCUACUUGGUCCCUGAGGACUUCUCUGCUCCCCUGGAGCUUCCAGAGCAGCACUUUGGCCUGGUGGAUGAUUAUGGUAUCAAACCCAAGCAGCCUCGCUUCAGGACCCAGCCGGCCAGGAAGCGGCCAGCAGGCCUGCGCAGAGCUGGCAAAAGCAAGCGCGACGAGCUUGAUCUACUGGAGUACUACUAUGAUACCCGCCUGUGA